AUGGAUAAUAAUAGUGCAACACAAUAUAUAAAACAACUUUUACAGAAAAGAUCAUCUAUUGAUGUCAAUGAUGAACAGAUAGAACUUGCCAAAGUGAUGGCAAUUGAAGCCGGUAUCAAUCCCGAUACUCUUAUCAAUCCAGAGUACGAUGGAUUUUUAGUUUCACUAAAGAGAAUCGUUGCGAAAUCACAACAAUAUUCUGAGCAAAUCAAUUUAACAACUGCAACAACAACAACAACAACUACAACAACAAAUGGAGUUAAUAAUAAUAACAAUAAUAAUAAAAACAAUAGCAAUUAUAUAAAGACAACAAGCACAACAAGCACAACAACACCGUCAUCAUCAUCAUCAUCAUCAUCGUCAUCAUCAAAAACAACAUCAACAUCAACAAAACCGAAUAGUAACAGUAAUAAUAAUAGUAAAGAUGAAAUUGUAAAUAAUAUAAAGAGUGAAACAGAUAAUAUUUUAUUGGAGUUUAAACAUUUGGUUUCGCGACGUAACAAGAUUCUGAACAAACUGCUGGGUCUUGAAAAAUUUAUGGAUACGAAAAAGGAAAGAUUCUUUGAGUUGAAUAAUUCUUUAAAUCAGAUAAACAAUGGCAGUGUUUCAACUAACAACAAUAAUAAUAGCAGUAGCAGUAGUAGUAGUAACAGUAGUGGUAGUAAUAGCAAUGGUAAAAAGUCAAAUACAACAGCUAGAAAGAAGAAUGCAAAGAAAGCAAACUCAGAAGAUCUGCGGACUGACCCAGCUCAAAAGUCUGGUGAUCAUCAUCAUCAUCAUCAUCAUCAUCAACAUCAUCAGAGAUUCACAAUCGAUCCCGAUAAGCGUAAAGAGAUCAGAGAGCAACUGGAACAAUUUAUGCGUGAAUACUACCUUUCACUUGGCUGGGGAGAAUCAACCAUCAAAGAGUACAGUCAUCUCGUUGAGAAAGGAACUUUCACAAAUUCAAAGUCAAAAGACGAUUACAUUGCAAACUUUGAGAAUAUAUAUAAUCAACUUUAUCUUCAAUCAAAGAAUCAUAUUAAACUAAAUACAUUCAUAAAUACAAUAAUAUAUAAUAAUAAUAAUAAUAAUAGUAAUCAAAAUAGUAGUAGUAAUAGUAAUAUUGAUAUAGUUAUGGGUGAUGUGGAUGAAGUUGAAACUGUAAAUGAAAAGAAAAAAGACAAAGAUAGAGACAAAGGCAGACACAGAGAGAAAGACAGAAAGAGAGAGAGAGAGAAAGAUAGAGAUAGAGAGAGAAGGAGAGAUAGGGAAAAGGGAACCGAAAGGGAGAAAGAAAAAGAGAGAAAGAAAGAGAAAGAAAAAGAGAGAGAGAAAGAAAAAGAGAAGGAGAAGGAGAAAGAACAAGUGAAAGAAGAGAAAAAGGAGAAGGAGGAGAAAGAGGAGGAGAGUUUUGUUGUUGGUGUUGUUGCAAGUGCACCUAGGAGAAGUGUUAGUCCAGGUCGAUCGAAUCUACCAAGUCAUCUGCCUUUGCAUACCAAUAAUUUGGAUAGUAUACUCAUUGGUUUGAAGUCAUCGUUGCACUCGAUUGGUGCGAGUGAUGUUGGUGCUGCUGGUGCGAAUGGUUCCGGACAUAAUAAUAAUGACAACGACUACAACAACAGAGACGAUACCGAUGCAAUGAAAAUAGAUUCAUCAUCGCCAUCUUCUAAUGAACCAUCUUCUGCAUCUAUAACAACAACAUCAUCAUCAUCAACUGCGACAUCAACGGCUACAUCAAUAAUACCAACAACAAUACCAACACCUGCAAUAACAUCAACGAUAUCUACAACAACAACAACAUCUACAUCUACAACAUCUUUAAAUAGUUCAACUUCACCUGUUAAUAAUAAUAAUAACAAUAAUAAUAAUAAUAAUAAUGAAUUACUAUCACCACUGAUAGUUAUACAACAACAUAAUGAUUCAAUGGAUGAUAAAACCAAUUUUUACAAUACUAUAUCGUUUAUUCCACCGAUCUUGUCGGAUCGGUUGAUAGACGACUACAACGAUACACAUUGGAAAGCAUGGCGAGAGAUUACAGAUUUAAAGCCAAAGAGUAAACUCGAAGAUAAUCUCAUACGUAAAUACUAUGACCUGUCAAAGAGUGAGAAAUCACCGUUCAACACAUUCCUCAUCCAAGCGAUUUCAAUCAUUUUAAAGAGAGAUAUUAUUUAUAUAAGAUCAAUGUUUUUAGAUAUAUUCAAAUCAGAACCAUAUGAAGUAGUUAGACCAAAUGAUUUAGAGAUAAUCAAAGACUAUAUGAAUCGAAAAGAUUUAAAGAUAUCGGAUUUAAAUACACCACAGGCAUUCCAAAAGUUGCUAAUGGAACUACAAAAGAGUAUUGGUGUACAAAUGGAUAUAUUGUCUUCGAAUCUGUUGAAUAUGGCACCGAAACAAAUAGCGGAGCUGUCGGAACGCAACAAAAUACAACUCGAAAAAUCAAAUAUAGAAUCGAUAAGGAAGAAGAGAAGAGAAACAUUGGAUACAUAUAUAACGAUUACAUCAUCACCGUCAUCGUCCAACUCUUCAUCUUCUACCUCUUCAUCGGUUUCUUCUUCUUCGUUCUCACCGACAUCCGCUAGUAAAUCGAUUGGCAGCUGGGGUGUGCGCACACUCACCGACAUUCCCGAGCGAACGUUUGUCACCGAGUACGUCGGUGAAAUCAUUACGUCCGACGAGGCAGAGAAACGUGGACAAAAAUACGACAAAGAACGACUCAGUUAUCUCUAUGACAUGGAUGUGCCAGGCGAUCGAUCCGGUGAAUUCUGCAUCGACGCAAUGGAAUAUGGCAAUGAGUCGCGAUUCAUCAAUCAUUCAUGUGAUCCAAAUAUUAAGAAUAUUAUGUUUAAUGAUUCUGAUGAUCCAAGAUUUUUAAGAUUUAUUUUCUUUAGUAAAAGACCGAUAAAGAAAGGAGAGGAGUUAACGAUUGACUAUAAUUAUCAGAUACCGGAAAACAAUACACUAAGAUCAAAUACAAGUCGUAAUGAUAUACCUUGUUAUUGUGGUUCCUCAAAAUGUAGAAAAUGGUUAUGGAGAGCUCCUCCAACAUAA